AUGCUGCGACGCGUCCUCCUCCUCCGCCGUUUCCACCACCACCGCCACCGGCUCCGCCUGCUCUCCACCACCCCCACACCCACCCCACACGCCUCGCCAGCACCCUCCGCCCCCUCCACCUCGGCCUCCUCCCUCCCGAUCGCCGCCACGCCCGCGCCGCCGCACCACCUCGCUCCCCACCGCGGGGGCGCGCGCCGCCUCGCCCCGCUCCUCGCCUUCUCCACGCUCUCCCUCGCCGCCGCGGGCGCGGUCUACCUCACCACCGACAACCUCGAGGAGACGCUGCAGCGGUCCAGGGACUCCGCAGGCCGCGUCGUGGAGCGGAUGCAGCACACGUGGACGGCCGCGCGGGUGCUCUGGAAGUCGCUCCUGUCCGUGCUCUCGUCUGCCAACCAUGAGGUGCGGUCCGGGUUCGAGCUGCGGGUCGCCGCGCUGCUCGCCGACAUCGCGGCCGCCAGCGCCGCGCGCCGCGCGGCCAUCGUCUCUGCGGGCGGCGGCGCCGUCCUCGACUGGCUGCUCGAGAGCGUCGUGCGGGGGGCCACGCAGGCCGAGGCUGCCAGGGCGCUCGCGCACCUGGUGGCGGACCCCUGGGUCGCGCCCGCCGUUCUCGGCCGCCCGCACGCCGUGCCAUGCCUUCUCCAGUUCAUCUUCUCGUACCAGCCCACGCGCGGCAAGAAGAAAUCUUCAUUUGAUGCUUCAGAUCAUUCUAAAGGGAGGAGCAUGCUUGUGGCUGCACUUAUGGAUAUCAUCACGUCUAACUGCGACAAUGCAGACUACUCGUUGUUUAAGCCUUUGCUGCCUGCUGAUGCUGAUACAAGAGAUAUUGCAACAGCAAUUGAAGUUAUUGAGCAAGGGGGGAUGCAUUUUGAUGACCAUGAGGAUAAUGGCAGUAAUGAUGGUGACACUGGAUUAAAGGGGAUAGGUAUUAAGGUGCUUGGUGGAACCACAAUAUUGGGAUUCUCUAGAGGAAAUAACUCAUUGGAGUUGGAUAACUCAGACGAUGAUAUUUUGGAUGUACCAUGUGAUAGUAGAAGAUUUGUGGUGGAACAGACUGCUGCUGAGUCUCCACUGCUUGGGAAAUCAAGCUCUUCUGCUGUCCCAGGGCUUUGGGAUGAUUUGCAGAGGGAGCAUGUAGCUGUACCUUUUGCUACAUGGGCUCUUGCAAACUGGGCUAUAGCUUCAGAUCUGAAUCGCACUCGUAUUCAAGAACUUGAUAGUGACGGGCAUGCAGUUGCAACUGCGCUGAAAGCAGCUGAAAGAACUGUAAAGUGGCAUGGAACUCUGGUGGCUCGAGCUCUUUUAGAAGACCAGAAUUUGGCCUUGGCUCCAUCAGUUCCUGAUUGGUGCUCUAGUCUUCUUUCUACAGCUUCUCAGGCUACUGCAAACAAUGACAUGCCAUUGGGUCAACUGUCAUUAUCAACGUUCCUAUUAUCUAUGAUGCGGUGUAAUGAGUCAAAAUUUGUGAUAAGGCAGAAGGGCCUUCAUCCUCUUCGUAGUAUUGCAAAAAAGAUAGAAAAUCAGAAUGGCCAGAACAGUAUGAAAGAAUCAAUAGCAAGUGCUCUGAGUUUGCUAUAUGCUGGUGAAGUUCCUUUAUCACUUGAGGAAUCUCAAAGAUGGUCUGGCAUUCUUCUUAGAUGGCUUUUUGAUAAAUCUGUAUCAGAUAAAACACAUCUUACAGCUGUGAAAAUCCUUUCAUGCAUACUUGAAGAUUAUGGUCCAGCUUCUGUGCCAAUUUCUCAGGGAUGGUUAGCUCUUGUCCUUUCUGAGAUUCUUGGAGACAACAAGGCCCAAAGUUCAAAAGGAACCACACAGCCUGAACCAGAGAAAGUGAAGAAUCCGGUUGAUUACCAUAAUGCUUCAACUGCAACUCAGGUCUUGAAUCAAUUAGGUAGUGCUGUUGUUAAAUUAGCAAGCGCCCAAUCGAACUAUGAACCCGGGUCUGUUGACAGAGAUAACGGGCCACUUUCUGAUUUUCUAUCUCUUGAGCCAUUUGCUACAGCUCUAAAGAAUAUGAACAAAAAGAAUCCACCCAAGUUUGAUGCUGCUGACUCAGCAUCAGCAAUGCUCAAGGGAAUAAAAGCUCUAGCUGAGCUUUGUUCCGAGGAUGGAGCAUGCCAAAAGAGAAUAGCUGAUCUAGGAGCAAUUCCCUUGUUGAGGCACAUCCUCCUGGGUGAUGAUUAUGAGAAACUUGCUGCAAUUGAAGCAUAUGAUGCAUCUCGUAUUCGAGAAGUGCAAGAUAAGAAUGUGUCUUCUAAUGUUUCAUCUACUGAUGCUACCACUGAUCCCUCAAGUGUACGGGUUCCUCCUGCAGCACAUAUCCGAAGGCAUGCUGGACGGCUGCUUACCAUUCUCUCUCUUCUACCCAAUUCAAAGAAGGAAAUUAUUUCUGAUGGUGUAUGGUGCAAAUGGCUCGAGGAUUGUGCUAGUGGGCGAAUUUCCUGCAAUGAUAUAAAACUAAAAAGCUACUGCAGGUUAACAUUAUUGAACAUAUUCUGUUCCGAGAGUCCAAAUACAAGAAAACCCUCUGAUGAAUAUCCUGAUUCAGAAAGUGAGUAUAAAAGAAACUGUCCUCAGUUUGGAGAUGCACUAUUCUUGCUAAAUCCGGAGUUACCUCUUGAAGUUCAUGUGGACAACAGUGGUUUUGGGAUUUUAAGAGUUUCAAGAGACAAUUGUAAGGAAGAUGGAAGUAUUGAAGAUCCUGGCUCUGAAACUGUGAACUCUGUAGAUGAUGCCGAAGCUGCAUCCAAAAGUGCCCCUUUGAUGGAUGUUGUGUUUGUCCAUGGCCUUCGUGGUGGCCCAUUCAACUCAUGGCGAAUUGCUGAUGACAAAUCAUCAACUACCAAAGCUGGUUUGGUGGAAAGCAUUGACGAGGAUGCUGGGAAAGAGGGCACAUGCUGGCCAAGAGAAUGGCUUGCGGCAGAUUUUCCUCAAGCACGUUUUUUUACAGUCAAAUACAAGACAAAUUUGACCCAAUGGACUGGAGCCAGCUUGCCUCUUCAGGAGGUGAGCUCUAUGCUGCUGAGGAAGUUGGUGGCUGCUGGGAUUGGUAGUCGGCCUGUUAUUUUUGUGACACACAGCAUGGGAGGACUGGUGGUUAAACAGCUUUUAUAUCAAGCAAAGCUGAAUAACUAUGACAAGUUCCUGAAUAAUACUAUUGGGCUGAUUGGGGAAUUAAGAAGUGGAUCUCCAAGACUAGUUGAACUGAACGAUUUUGUGCGUCAACGCCACAACAAAGGAUUUCUUGAUGUUCUUAGUUUUAGUGAGACCCAGGUCACACCGAUUGUUGAAGGAUAUGGUGGUUGGGCACUUCGUAUGGAGAUAGUGCCAAUUGAAUCUGCAUACCCAGGCUUUGGGGAGCUUGUCGUUCUACAGUCCACUGAUCAUAUAAAUUCAUGUAAGCCAGUUAACAAGAACGAUCCUUCUUAUGCGGAAACCUUGGCAUUUUUGGAGAAGAACUUUAAUUUGCGUCUGAAAAGAGCAGAACCCUAG